AUGAGCACAAGUGGAAGAGCCAAUGACAUAGAUGGAGAAGAAGAGGAUGAUGCAUCUAAAAGAGCUGCAGCUGAAAGGGAAAGAAAAAAAGCAGAAGUCCGAAAACGUUUAGAAGAAGCAGGAAGAGCUAAAAAGGCAAAGAAAGGAUUCCUAACACCUGAAAGAAAAAAGAAACUUCGAAAAUUGUUAAUGAUGAAAGCAGCAGAAGAUCUUAAACAGCAGCAGAUGCUGAAAGAACAAGAACGCCAACGAGUACUCCAAGAAAGAAUUAUUCCAUUACCUGAUUUAGAUUCACUUGGACAAGAAGAAUUAGAAGAAAUUGCAAAGGAUAUGGUCGAUAGAUUAAUGUUACUGGAAAGCGAAAAUUAUGAUAUAAAUUAUACAGUUCGUCAGAAAGAUUUUGAGAUCAACGAACUAACGAUUGCUGUAAAUGAUCUCCGAGGAAAAUUGUGA